GCCGCACUUUGUUCUGGACGCGCCUCCCUCCGCCUUGUGGGCCGGGCCGGCGGCCCCGAGUGCGAGCGCGAGGCCGGAGCGCGAGGAGCCCCCGCCCGCGGCCGCCAGGAACUUUCUCCGCGAGGCCGGGAGCGACCGGGGCCGGCGCCGCCCGGGAUGCGCGGCUGUGCGCGGCCGCGGCGCGGACUCCGGGACCCGAGCGCGCGCGCCCCGGACAGCAGCCCGCGCCGCUGACCGUGAACGGGAUGGCCAACGUGAACGCCGCCAGCCGCCCGCACUUCGCCUCCUCCAUCCCCGUGCCCCGGGCCGCCUCGCAGACCCGCACCCACACGCCGGGCGCCUCUCCCCAGCUGCGGCCGCGCCAGGCCGGCCUGGCCCUGAGCCCGCAGCGGGCGGCCUCCCCGAGGCUGGGCAAGGCCGCCGGGCACCCCCGGGCCUCCUCCCCUAAGGCCGCCGCCGGGGGGCGAGGCUCCCCGAAGCCGGGUGGGGCGGGGAGAGAGUCGGCCGAGGGUGCGGACGGCCUCUGCGGCUCCCCAUGGAGCAGUCCCCGGGUGACCCCCAGGGCGGCCCAGCCCGGCCCGGCUGGUCCCAGGAGAGCCGGGGAGACACAGGGCUCCCAGGGACGGAGGAAGGGGGCCCGGGAAGGGAUUCCCGUCCGCCAGGCCCGGGGCAGGAGCCCCCCAUCCCGGACGAGCCCCCUCGGAGGAACCCCAACACCAGGGGCCCCCGACAGCCACGGGCCUCCUCACGGCCCGGGAAUCGACGGAAGAGACAAGAGCUACCCCAGUUCUGUGUCUUCGGAGCUGGACGCCGGGGCGGCCUCGGGGGCCUCCUCGCCGGCCCUCAGCCCCGUGCAGAGCCGGCGCCCCUCGCCGGCCCCCGCGGCCAUCAGCUUCUCCUCGGCCCAUCAGCACAGCCCUCCCAUCACGGCCACCGUGGCCCCGUUCCAGUACAGGUUGCAGACGGAGCCUGAACCCGGCCCCCCGCCCCGGGGCAGCUGCGCCGUGGAUGGCUACUCCACGCCCCCCGGCGGGACGGAGGACGGCGUCUCCUGCGUGGACGCGCGGAUCCUCCAUGCGCUCCUCGCGGGCAGAAUGCUGGGCAGCGGCGUCCGGAGCGCGCAGCCCGAGGUGGAGCUGAGCGGCGGCGGCGACGAGGGCGCGGACGGAGCCCGGGACCCGGGGAGGAAGGCGGCGGCGGCGGCGGCGGACGGCAGGGCCAUGCUGCCCAAGCGGGCCAAGGCGCCCGGCGGCGGCGGCGGCGGCCUGGCCAAGGCCAGCGCGGCGGAGCUGAGGGUCUUCAAGUCGGGCAGCGUGGACGGCCGCGUCCCCGGCGGGCCCCCCGCCUCCAACCUGCGCAAGCAGAAGUCGCUCACCAACCUGUCCUUCCUCACCGACUCGGAGAAGAAGCUGCAGCUGUACGAGCCCGAGUGGACCGACGACAUGGCCAAGGCGCCCAAGGGCCUGGGGAAGGCGGGCGCCAAGGGCCGGGAGGCGCCCCUCAUGACCAAGACGCUGUCCAGGUCGGAGCACUCGCUCUUCCAGGCCAAGGGCGGCGGCGGCGGCGGCGGCGGCCCCAAGACCCCCCUGGCCCCGCUGGCGCCGGGCCUGGCCAAGCCCAGCCGCAUCCCGCGCGGCCCCUACGCCGAGGUCAAGCCGCUCAGCAAGGCCCCCGAGGCCGCGGUGAGCGACGACGGCAAGUCGGACGACGAGCUGCUGUCCAGCAAGGCCAAGGCGCAGAAGGCGGCGGCGGGGCCCGCGCCCUCCGCCAAGGGCCCGGAGGAGCGCGCCUUCCUCAAGGUGGACCCCGAGCUGGUGGUGACGGUGCUGGGGGACCUGGAACAGCUGCUCUUCAGCCAGAUGCUGGACCCGGAGUCCCAGAGGAAGAGGACGGUGCAGAACGUCCUGGACCUUCGACAGAACCUGGAGGAGACCAUGACCAGCCUGCGGGGGUCCCAGGUGACCCACAGCUCCCUGGAGAUGACCUGCUACGACAGCGACGACGCCAACCCCCGCAGCGUGUCCAGCCUCUCGAACCGCUCGUCCCCCCUGUCCUGGCGCUACGGCCAGGCCAGCCCGCGGCUGCAGGCGGGCGACGCGCCCUCGGUGGGCGGGGGCUGCCGCUCGGAGGGGCCGCCCGCCUGGUACAUGCACGGGGAGCGGGCCCACUACGCGCACACCAUGCCCAUGCGCAGCCCCAGCAAGCUCACCCACAUCUCCCGCCUGGACGCCGACGACGCCGACCUCAAGUCCGGCUACAUGAGCGACAGCGACCUCAUGGGCAAGACCCUGACCGAGGACGAGGACAUCACCACCGGCUGGGAUGAGAGCAGCUCCAUCAGCAGUGGCCUCAGCGAUGCCUCCGACAACCUCAGCUCCGAGGAGUUCAACGCCAGCUCCUCGCUCAACUCCCUCCCGACGACCCCCACGGCCUCGCGCAGGAGCUCCACCGUCGUGCUGCGCACGGACUCGGAGAAGCGCUCCCUGGCGGAGAGCGGGCUGAGCUGGUUCAGCGAGUCGGAGGAGAAGGCGCCCCGGAGGCUGGACUACGACAGCGGGAGCCUGAAGAUGGAGCCCGGCGGCUCCAAGUGGCGGCGGGAGCGGCCCGAGAGCGGCGGCGGCGGCGACGACGCGGCCAAGGUCGUGGAGCUGAAGAAGCCCAUCAGCCUGGGCCACGCCGGGUCCCUGAAGAAGGGCAAGGCCCCGCCCGUGGCCGUCACGUCCCCCAUCACCCACACGGCCCAGAGCGCCCUCAAGGUGGCGGGCAAACCGGAAGGCAAGGCCGCGGACAAGGGCAAGCUGGCGGUGAGGAACACGGGCCUGCAGCGCUCCUCCUCGGACGCGGGCCGGGACCGCCUGGCCGACGCCAAGAAGCCGCCCUCGGGCAUCGCGCGGCCGUCCGCCUCGGGCUCCUUCGGCUACAAGAAGCCCCCGCCCGCCACGGGCACGGCCACGGUCAUGCAGCCGGGGGGCUCCGCCACGCUCGGCAAGAUCCAGAAGUCCUCGGGCAUCCCCGUGAAGCCCGUGGGCGGGCGCAAGACCAGCCUGGACGUGUCCAACGGCCCCGAGCCCGGCUUCCUGGCGCCCGGCGCCCGCUCCGCCAUCCAGUACCGCAGCCUGCCCCGGCCCGCCAAGUCCAGCGCCAUGAGCGUGACCGGGGGCCGGGCCGGGCCGCGCCCCGUCAGCAGCAGCAUCGACCCCAGCCUGCUCAGCGCCAAGCAGCCGGGCCUCGUGCCCUCGCGCCUGAAGGAGCCGUCCAAGGUGGCCGGUGGGCGGGCCGCGCCGGCCCCUGUCAAUCAGACCGACCGGGAGAAGGAGAAGGCCAAGGCCAAGGCCGUGGCCCUGGACGCGGACAGCAUCUCCCUGAAGAGCAUCGGCUCCCCGGAGACGACGCCCAAGAACCAGGCCGGCCUCCCGCCGGCCGCCAAGCUGGCCGAGCUGCCGCCGACCCCCGUCAGGGCCAGCGUGAAGAGCUUCGUCAAGCCGCCCUCGCUGGCCAACCUGGACAAGGUCAACUCCAACAGCCUGGACCUGCCGCCGGCCGGCGACGCCCUCGCCCCGAAGCUCCCCGAGCUGCACGCGGCCAGCGCGGCGGCCGCCGGGGGCCCCCUCCCGUCCUGCUUCACCCCCAGCCCGGCCCCCAUCCUCAACAUCAACUCCGCCAGCUUCUCCCAGGGCCUGGAGCUCAUGAGCGCCUUCAGUGUCCCCAAGGAGCCCCGCAUGUACCCCAAACUCUCGGGCCUGCACAGGAGCAUGGAGUCCCUGCAGAUGCCCAUGAGCCUGCCCGGUGCCUUCGCCAGCAGCGCCCCCAGCCCCGCCCCAGCGGCGCCCCCGGCCGCGCCCGCAGAGGAGGAGGCGGAGGAGCCGGCCUGGAGCGGGAGCCCCCGCGCCGCCGGGCAGGUGGACAGCGGCCAGCGGGAUCGGAACACGCUGCCCAAGAAGGGACUCAGGUACCAGCUCCAGUCCCAGGAGGAGCCGGAGGAGAGGCGACAUUCCCACACCAUCGGGGGGCCGCCCGCACCCCAGGACCAGGCCGAGCUGCCGUCGCCGCCCGCACUGCCCCUGUCCCUGAGCGCCAAGGGCCAGCUCACCAGCGUCGUGAGCCCCUCGGCGGCCACCACGCCAAGAAUCACUCGCUCGAACAGCAUCCCCACCCACGAGGCGGCCUUCGAGCUGUACAGCGGCUCCCCAGUGGGGAGCACCCUGUCCCUGGCCGACAGACCCAAGGGCAUGAUCCGGUCGGGAUCCUUCCGAGACCCCGCGGACGACGUCCACGGCUCGGUGCUGUCCCUGGCCUCCAGCGCCUCCUCCACGUACUCCUCGGCUGAGGAGAGGAUGCAGUCCGAGCAAAUCCGAAAGCUCCGGCGCGAGCUGGAGUCCUCGCAGGAAAAGGUGGCCACCCUGACCUCGCAGCUGUCCGCCAACGCGAACCUGGUGGCGGCGUUCGAGCAGAGUCUGGUGAACAUGACCUCCCGCCUGCGGCACCUGGCGGAGACGGCCGAGGAGAAGGACACCGAGUUGCUGGAUCUGCGAGAAACCAUUGACUUCCUGAAGAAGAAGAACUCGGAGGCCCAGGCAGUCAUCCAGGGAGCCCUCAACGCCUCGGAGGCCACGCCCAAAGAGCUCCGGAUCAAGCGGCAGAACUCCUCCGACAGCAUCUCCAGCCUCAACAGCAUCACCAGCCACUCGAGCGUCGGCAGCGGCAAGGACGCCGACGCCAAGAAGAAGAAGAAGAAGAGCUGGCUUCGGAGCUCCUUCAACAAAGCCUUCAGCAUCAAGAAGGGCCCCAAGUCCGCGUCGUCCUACUCCGACAUCGAGGAGAUCGCCACCCCCGACUCCUCCGCCCCCUCGUCCCCCAAACUGCAGCACGGGUCCACCGAGACCGCCUCGCCCUCCAUCAAGUCCUCCGCCUCGUCCUCUGCGGGCGGCGACGCCCCCGAGGGUCCUGUGCACGCGGCCCCCCACCCCAGGCUGUUCCUCGCCGGCGAGGAGGAGGAGCCGGAGAAGAAGGAGGUGUCGGAGCUGCGCUCGGAGCUGUGGGAGAAGGAGAUGAAGCUGACGGACAUCCGCCUGGAGGCCCUGAACUCCGCCCACCAGCUGGACCAGCUCCGGGAGACCAUGCACAACAUGCAGCUGGAGGUGGACCUGCUCAAGGCCGAGAACGACAGGCUGAAGGUCGCCCCGGGCCCCGCGUCGGGCUCCACGCCAGGGCAGGUCCCUGGGUCGUCCGCGCUCUCGUCCCCGCGCCGCGCGCUGGGCCUGGCGCUCACCCACUCCUUCAGCCCGAGCCUCGCAGACACAGACCUGUCCCCGAUGGACGGCAUCAGCACCUGUGGCCCCAAGGAGGAGGCCACGCUCCGGGUGGUGGUGAGGAUGGCCCCUCAGCACAUCAUCCGAGGGGACUUGAAGCAGCAGGAAUUCUUCCUGGGGUGCAGCAAGGUCAGCGGCAAGGUCGACUGGAAGAUGCUGGACGAGGCCGUCUUUCAGGUGUUCCAGGACUACAUUUCUAAGAUGGACCCAGCCUCCACCCUGGGGCUCAGCACGGAGUCCAUCCAAGGCUACAGCCUCAGCCACGUGAAGCGGGUGCUGGACGCCGAGCCCCCCGAGAUGCCGCCGUGCCGCCGGGGGGUCAAUAACAUCUCGGUCUCCCUCAAAGGUCUGCGGGAGAAGUGCGUGGACAGCCUGGUGUUCGAGACGCUGAUCCCCAAGCCCAUGAUGCAGCACUACGUCAGCCUGCUGCUCAAGCACCGGCGCCUCGUCCUCUCCGGGCCCAGCGGCACCGGCAAGACCUACCUGACCUACCGGCUGGCCGAGUACCUGGUGGAGCGCUCCGGCCGCGAGGCCAGCGAGGGCGUCGUCUGCACCUUCAACAUGCACCAGCUGUCCUGCAAGGACCUGCAGCUCUAUCUCUCCAACCUGGCCAACCAGAUCGACCGGGACACGGGGGUGGGGGACGUGCCCCUGGUGAUCCUGCUGGACGACCUGAGCGAGGCCGGCUCCAUCAGCGAGCUGGUCAACGGGGCGCUCACCUGCAAGUACCACAAGUGUCCCUACAUCAUCGGGACCACGAACCAGCCCGUGAAAAUGACCCCCAACCACGGCCUCCACCUGAGCUUCAGGAUGCUGACCUUCUCCAACAACGUGGAGCCGGCCAACGGCUUCCUCGUGCGCUACCUGCGGCGGAAGCUGCUGGAGUCGGACAGCGACGUCAACGCCAACAGGGAGGAGCUGCUGCGGGUGCUGGACUGGGUGCCCAAGCUCUGGUACCACCUGCACACCUUCCUGGAGAAGCACAGCACCUGCGACUUCCUCAUCGGCCCCUGCUUCUUCCUGUCCUGCCCCAUCGGCAUCGAGGACUUCCGGACCUGGUUCAUCGACCUGUGGAACAACUCCAUCAUCCCCUACCUGCAGGAGGGCGCCAAGGACGGCAUCAAGGUCCACGGACAGAAAGCCGCCUGGGAGGACCCGGUCGAGUGGGUCCGGGACACGCUGCCCUGGCCCUCGGCCCAGCAGGACCAGUCCAAGCUGUACCACCUGCCGCCGCCCACUGUGGGCCCCCACAGCAUCGCCUCGCCCCCCGAGGACAGGACCGUCAAGGACUGCACCCCAAGUUCCCUGGAGUCGGACCCUCUGAUGGCCAUGCUGCUCAAGCUGCAGGAAGCCGCCAACUACAUCGAGUCUCCGGAUCGAGAGACCAUCCUGGACCCCAACCUCCAGGCCACGCUCUGAGGGCCCCGCGGGCCCUGUCACCCCGGACGGACCGGACAAACGGCAGGACGGACGGGCGGGCGGGCGGGCGGACGCUGGCCUCAGCUCCGGGCGCACCCCUCCCCCCUCCCCGCCCCCAGCGGCGGCUCUCCGAGGAGAGCCCCAGGGGAGGGGGUGGAGGCCCGGGAAGGCGGAGGGGUUCCUUGGUGCUGCACCUUUGAGAACUUCCUGGCGAGGACCAGCGGGUGGCGUCGGGGGACAGGGGGACCCCUGCAUCCCUUGGCUGGCCUCCUCGCGGGCGACGUUGGGGAAAAGACGCGCUGGGUCUUCUCCCUUCGUUCCCUGUCUCCUCCGUGACGGACUCCCGGGCUCGCUGGGGGCCUCGCCGGUUCUCGGGAGCAUCUCUGAGAAAGACGGUCCCCACGGGGGCUUCUGAAGACCCCCCCGGGCCCAUCGCCGCCACUGCCAACACCCCGCGCCCCCCGCCCUCCCGAGGUCUGGCUGGAGCCCAGAAAAAGAAGCAUGUGGUUUAAAAAAAAAAAAAAAAAUGCUUACGUCGAUCUGUAAAAGGUUCAAAAAAAAAAAAAGAAAUGGAAAAGAUGAAGCUGGAGAGAGGACGCGGGCGCCCGUCUCAGAAGCCGCCCAACGCCCACCGUGACAUCACCGCCUUCGGAGACGGACCGCGCCGCCCUCAGCCCUCUGGUCGCACGCACACGAGCACCAAUAAACCCUGCGUUUUUAUUUUUUA